AUGGUUCCUCUACCUUCUGGUCACCACCUAAUAGGAUGCAAAUGGGUCUUCAAGAUCAAGUAUCAUGUUCAUGGCACUGUCGAACGUUACAAAGCUCAACUCGUUGCCAAGGGGUUCACUCAACGAGAGGGUGUUGAUUACAAAGACACCUUUGCCCCGGUUGCGAAAUUAAUCACAGUCCGUUGCUUAUUAGCCAUUGCUGCUGUUGGAAAUUUGCCAUUGCACCAAAUGGAUGUGCAAAAUGCUUUUCUCCAUGUGAACUACUUGAGGAAGUCUAUAUGUUGCCCCCUCCUGGUUAUCGUCGACAUGGGGAGAACGUGGUUUGUUGACUUCACAAAUCUCUAUAUGGACUAA